AUGGUCUCAUGGUCAGUGGAACUUUCUGAGUUUGGACUCCGUUAUGAACCUUGGGGAUCCAUUAAAGGUCAGCACCUGUCAGACUUUGCAGCCGAGCUGACACCCAUACCUGACGGCUCAGAGCCGAGGUGGCUCCUUAACGUGGAUGGAUCCUCGGACAAAAGAGGGGGAGGGGGAGCGGGUAUUGUUCUAGAAGGACCAAAUGGUCUAGUCGUGGAGCAAGCCAUCACGUUCUGGUUUCAAGCCAGCAACAACCAAUCAGAGUAUGAAGCUUUGAUUGUUGGUCUAGCCCUAGCCAAAGAACUAACGGUCGCUCGAUUAAAGUGCAGGAUGGAUUCACAAUUGGUGGUCGGGCAUAUGAACGGAACCUAUCAGGUUAAAGAUAAUCAAUUACUGCGUUAUUUCCACAAAACUAGCACCCUCCUCAGGGAUUUUGACGAGGUCAGCAUUAUUCAUGUGCCUAGGGAGCAAAAUGCAAGGGCAGAUCUCCUGUCUAAAUUGACUCACUCCAAGGAGAGAGCACAGUUAUCUUCAAUCAUCAAGAUGACACUCGACCACCCAGUCGUGGAAGCUUUCGUCACCGAUGUUCUGAUGCAGGAAACAUAUUGGAGACAGAACAUACAGGACUUGAUGAUGAAGCAGGAACGAGGGGAAAAGGUCACCGCAAGUGACUCAAAACGUAUCGCACGCUUUCUAUACAUAGGCGACGACCUAUACAGGUGUGGCCACAACACACCCUUGUUGAAGUGCAUAUCGACGGACGAGGCAGACUACGUCCUACGCGAGCUCCACACCGGGAUCUGCGGUUUUCAUUCUGACAAACGUACGCUCAGAGCGCGCGUACUACGCGCAAGAUAUUACUGGCCAACAAUCGACCAAGAUUGUGAGAUAUUUGUUAAGAAAUGUCUCUCGUGCCAGGCACACGGUCAUGACUUCCGCGUCCCUCCUGAAGAAUUGCAUGGCAUCAUCUCCCCAUGGCCGUUCGCCCAAUGGGGAAUUGACAUAGUUGGACCGUUGCUAAUCGCAAAAACUCAGAACAAAUUCCUCCUAGUGGCGGUCGACUACUUCACCAAAUGGAUAGAGGCCGAACCACUGUCCAUAAUCAACGCCCAGCGAAUCAUCACCGACAACGGCAGACAUUUCAUUGAGAAAAAGUUAGAGGAAUUCCUCAGCAGCCUGGGGAUUAAACAUGUGACCAGCUCGGUAGAAUAUCCACAAACUAAUGGACAAGCAGAAGCCGCGAACAAAGCUCUGCUCACAGAAUUGAAAAAACGACUUGGCGAGGCUAAAGGUUUAUGGGUGGAAGAACUACCCGAAGUCCUAUGGGCGUAUAGAUGCACCCCGCACGGAUCCACUGGGGACACUCCAUUCAAUUUGACAUACGACACUGAUGCCAUGCUCCAGUCGAGGUCGGAGAGCCAUCACUAA